ACUCCCUCAAGUUCCCACACUAUCGUGGCAUCAGUCGCCUAGGUUCUCUUCCAUGGCACCACCCAAUCGGCCGCCGCCGCCCAACUUCAGCGCCAACUCCGGCUCCGGCUCCGGCUCCGGCAACACCACUUCUCAACAGUCCUACCCUAUUAUCUCUCCUCCUUCCUUCAGCGAUUCCAUAGCCAAUGUAAGCCCUUACCUCAGUGUUGUCUUAGAUCUAGCAAAGCACAAUUAUUAUCACUGGCGUCAUCUGUUCCAUGUCCAUCUCGGACGAUGCGGCCUUCGCCACGACAUCGACGACGACAGCAUCGCUCGGCCUCAAGAUCCUCGCCGGAUGAAAGAUGACUUGGCGGUUAUCCAGUGGAUCUACACGCGCACCAACACGGAGCUCUUCAACCUCGUCGCUUGCGACGGCGCCACUGCUCGAGACCUCUGGGCUGAUCUCCGUCGCCUGUUACAGGACAACAGCGAUGCGCGUAUCAACGCUCUUCGUGGCAAACUCCGUACCAUCACUCAAGGGGACAUGCCAGUCUGCGUCUACUGUCAGCGCGUCAAGGCGAUCGACUACGAACUCUGUGAGCUUGGUGAUCAAACUGAUAAUCGCACGCUAAUCAACGCGUUGCUGGUUGGGCUUAGUGAGCGCUUCGACAAGCAAUCUGCAUUCAUCCCACUGAUGAAACCUCCACCAACUUUCUCCGAAGUACGCAGCUUCCUGCAGAUGGAGGAGAUGACACAGGCCAGGAAGAAUGCUCGUCCCAAAGUUUUCCAUGCCAACGGCAGAUCUGCGCCACCUCCACCUGUUCCACCUCCGGCUCCCGCGGCGCAACCUCCAGCCAUGCAACCGCCACCAGGCUGGCGUCCAAGCCCAAACUACAAAGGGAAGAAUCCAUUUUACCGGCUUCCGAAUUCUGCGGCACCAAGCAUUCCCUGCAUGCCCUCAACUUCACCAAUUGCCUGGCAUGCUCCCACUCAAGAUCCGUGGACCGGUCUCGUGCAGCCGUGGCCACUGACCUGGAACUCUGCGCUGCCACCGGCCUGGACACCGGCGCCACCUCCCGCUUGGACUACGGCUCCACGUCCACACACUGGUUCCCCAGGACUGCUCGGCUCGCGACCACCGGCAAAUGCUUUUCAUGCCUACACCAAUGGCGCCAUGUACCAGACGCCGUCGGCCCCUUCUGCGCCACCGUACCAGAUGCAGCCUCAGUCUUACCCAGUGCAGCCUCCGCCGUACCCGACGCAGACUCCGUCAUACCAGUACCAGCAGGUCCAGCAGGCUGCAGCAUCACUGACUGCUACUAUUCCACUAUACCAGGCUGCACAACACCAUCUGGAGCGCCCACAACUGCUUCCUCGUCAGCUUCGGCACUAAGUUGGGAUCAAGCCGCCUUCAUCGCCGCCAUGAACAAUUUCGCCACUCAGGGAGAAGGAUCUUCAAACCAAGAGGGAGAUCGCAAGAUUCAAUAGCUCUGGCGGCCUGUACACGCCGUCACACGCUCCUACUGCCACUGCCUCAUCAGUCCUCCUUGCUUCCGUCAACAUAUGGCAUCCGUGGCUAGGACAUCCAACCAAGCGAUUUUAUCUUCUGUACUUCAAGAAUUUCAAAUUCCGUGUAAUAUGGAGUCUCAUCGUCCUAGUUUGUGUGAAGCUUGUCAAAAGGGAAAACAUGUUCGUCUCCCUUUCUGUGAUUCUACCACUCGUGUUUCUGAACCUUUUUCUUUGUUGCAUUGUGAUGUGUGGACCUCUCCUACUGUUAGUAUAUUUGGCUUUAAA